AUGCACGACGAUGUGUUGAGAUGCGUUGAACUUUUGAAUGAAACUCGUAAUUUUCCGCUAUUGGUUCAAAUUGUCAACUGUGUACUGAUGUGGUGUAUGAUGGCCGUAUAUCUGACCAUGAAUUUCAACGGUGACGCGGUAAAUAUCUUGGUUUUGUUCAUUGUGCUGACUAUUGAAACGUACGGAGUAUGUGUCCUGGGUUCAGAAUUAUCCCAAAAGAACGUCGACCUUCAACGAGCCAUCUAUGAUUUCCCGUGGUACAAUGUUCCGGUAGAUAUGCAGAAGAGCUUACUGCAGAUGCUGCAAAGAGCGCAGCAACCUGUCGGUAUAACUGCGGCUGGAUUUUGCUACGUAGAUAUUGAACGGUUCGGGAAGAUUGUUCAAACAUCCUAUCAAAUUUUCGUCGUCAUGAAAGAUACAUUGUAG